GGUAGUGUUAUAUCACGUUUUAAUGUAUUGCAGAAGUGUGGCCUCAUAAUAACUGCAAAGGAAAUAGCCUAUAGAUUGAGAAAAACUACCAAAAAAAGGUUUUUAGUAUUUCAAGCCUAUACAUAUAUAUUUUAACCAGCCGAUCGUUGUUAAACAUUUAUUUCCUGUAUAUGUCGAAUAUUUUCUCUUUUUUUAAUCCGUCCGGUCACUCCGCAGGUUUAUGUUGUCGUCGAUCAAGAGAGGUGGGGCUUUCAAGCAGUUCUGUGCAAGGAGUGGCUGUUUCAACGGUCUGUUUCAACGGGGGCGCGCAGGGAUUGGUUGGAGUGGGCGGUUCCGCAGGUGUCUUACGCUCAUAGAGGGACAGGGUAGAGAGAAGGUGAUCAAUCUCAAUCCGUCUACAUUAGCAAUCACCUAAACACAGUACUAGACAUAUUCGAGUAGUCAAAUGCAGUCAUCUUGAUUUAUUUGGUCGUAAAUCAAAACAAUCAGUGACUGAUACAGUGAAACUACUGCAGACCACGUGUGAGAUCCCAGCAUCGGCACACCUGCGUUUUAAAAUACUUUAUUUAUUUUGUAUAUCGGCUACUUGUUUGUACCCUUCAACCGUAUUGCUUUCCAGAAAUCUUCGAUUGGUGGAUAUUUCUAUACAGACACGCAUUUGAACAGACAGAAAAAAGAGGAAAAGAAGGAGAAGGAUAUAAAAAAGUCUUUCUUUUGGUCCUUUUCCCGUCAAACUGCAACAUCGGGGGAAAUCGAACUACUGGCAAGAACUGGGGAGACCCGUGACUGCCUCUAGCAUGAUGUCAUACCUCAAACAGCCCCCGUACGGCAUGAACGGCCUGGGGCUCAGCGGUGCAGCCAUGGACCUACUUCACCCUUCUGUAGGAUACCCAGCGACGCCGAGAAAACAGCGCCGAGAAAGGACUACCUUUACGCGCUCUCAGCUGGACGUAUUGGAGGCGCUCUUCGCCAAGACGCGCUACCCGGAUAUAUUUAUGAGAGAAGAAGUUGCCCUGAAAAUUAAUUUGCCCGAAUCCAGAGUCCAGGUGUGGUUUAAAAACCGUCGGGCCAAGUGCCGACAGCAGCAGCAGAGCGGCAGCAGCACUAAGGUCCGUCCAGCCAAGAAGAAGUCCUCGCCUACCCGUGAGAGCACGGGGUCGGAGAGCAGCGGCCAGUUCACUCCACCUGCCGUGUCCAGCAACGGCUCCUCCUCCAGCUCCAACUCCUCCAGCAACAACGCGGGCAUCAGCAGCACUUCUACCUCCAUCAGCACUCCCGUCUCCUCCAUCUGGAGCCCCGCCUCCAUCUCCCCGGGCUCCGCCCCUCCGUCCGUCUCCCUGCCUGAACCCAUGCCGCCCACCAACACCUCCUGCAUGCAGCGCUCCGUCUCAGGGGGCAGCGGGUCCUCCUACCCCAUGUCCUACAACCAGACCACAGGCUACAGCCAAGGCUAUCCAGCCCCAUCCAGCUCCUACUUUGGCGGAGUGGACUGCAGCUCGUACCUCGCCCCCAUGCACUCUCACCACCACCCGCACCAGCUCAGCCCCAUGGCGCCCUCCUCCAUGUCGGGACACCCGCACCACCACAUCAGCCAGUCCUCGGGGCACCACCACCACCACCAUCACCACCACCACCAGGCCUACAGCGGGGCUGGCCUGGCCUUCAACUCCUCAGACUGCCUGGAUUACAAAGACCAAACUGCCUCCUCUUGGAAACUCAACUUCAACACGACGGACUGCUUGGACUACAAAGACCAGGCCUCCUGGAGGUUCCAAGUUUUGUGAUUUUCCUUUUUAUUUUGGAUUUUUUGAUAGUGUGGUGAUACAAAAAAAAAGAAUCAUAAUACAUGAACUUCAAAAGUUAACGUAUAGUUAGACGUUCAUCAACUUGACAUUUUUUAAAAUCCCUUUUAAGAAAUCUAAAACAAAACAAAAAUAAAUAAAUACACAAAUGGACAGCUGUGGACAAGCUUUGCAGUGUUUUUCCUUUGUUUUAUUUUUUUACCUUUAUCAAUGAAGAAUUGUACUGAAAGGCCCUUGGAUGACCUUAAAUGCUGGACAAGUUUUAAAGUGUCAUUUUAACCAAACUUCAGUGAGCACCAUUUCCACAGUUCCCUAUUAUGUGCUCAUCUCUUCUAAUGACGAGGAGUGCUAUAUUAUUCCUUCACACGAACUCUGACAGCCCAACGCCCUUAUUACCUCCACCCCAAUCCACUUGUAUAAUUUUUUUUCUUAAACUUGUUAUUUUUAGGACGAAAGAGAUUUUAGUCAGCUACAUAAAGGAGCUGAAAUGUGUAAAUAAGUAAUUGGGUCAGUUACAGUGGCCGCAUUUAGUUGGUGUAACUGGGUUUGAAAUUGUUUUAAAAAUAUUACGUAAAAAAUAGUAUCUUCCCAAAUUCUCUAAAGAUAUGGAUUUGGCAGUGAGAAAAAAAAACGUUUAUCGUUUUGACACAUUUUUCGUGAUCCUGAAUUUCAAAGAUAUAACAGUCAAUUGAAAUUAUAAACGUGUGUUAUUGUCCGAUAAAAAAGAGAGAAACUGUUAAAUGAUAUAGAUAAUUGGAUUUCCAUUCAAGUUGCUGUCAAAAAAAGCAUUGUCUCUAACUGAUAUUGAGGGCGACUAAUUUUUAUGGCAGCACUUGAAAUUCUUAUUUGAGUUCCUCCUUAAUUGAUAGAAACGAAUUAGACAUACGAUUUCAAUACUCCAGUGAAAUGUUGAAUGUAUUUCCGGCGACGGCCCCUUACAUUCUUGUCCAUACAAUAAAGAUCAACUUAACGAUU